AUGAGGUCUCAUUCUGAACAAGAAGCACACUGCCCCUCCUCCCACUGCCCCUCCUCCCACUGCCCCUCCUCCCACUGCUCCUCCUCCCACUGCUCCUCCUCCCACUGCCCCUCCUCCCACUGCCCCUCCUCCCACUGCCCCUCCUCCCACUGCCCCUCCUCCCACUGCCCCUACUCCCACUGCCCCUCCUCCCACUGCCCCUACUCCCACUGCCCCUCCUCCCACUGCCCCUCCUCCCACUGCCCCUCCUCCCACUGCCCCUCCUCCCACUGCCCCUCCUCCCACUGCCCCUCCUCCCACUGCCCCUCCUCCCACUGCCCCUCCUCCCACUGCCCCUCCUCCCACUGCCCCUCCUCCCACUGCCCCUCCUCCCACUGCCCCUCCUCCCACUGCCCCUCCUCCCACUGCCCCUCCUCCCACUGCCCCUCCUCCCACUGCCCCUACUCCCACUGCCCCUCCUCCCACAUGAGCCCCACAACGUUCCAGGAAGGUGUUUCCAACGGAGGUGGUGUGAAACUGAGAGACCAGCGCUCCUCCUGUCAUGCAGAGACCAGCGCUCCUCCUGUCAUGCAGAGAGACCAGCGGUCCUCCUGUAAUGCAGAGACCAGCUGUCCUCCUGUAAUGCAGAGACCAGCGCCCCUAUAA